AUGACUCCAGUGGCGCAUGCGAUAGAGCUGGAGAGGCUGCUGACCUGCAAGAGCAGGCUCGUCAUACCCCAGGACGUUGGCCACCAGGUGAAACUCACCGACCAGGGCCAGUUCCUGGGCCCCCUGCGCGAGUUCUUCGGCCUCCCGGGAGACGCGGCGGACGCCUCCGACCUCCGCGUGCCCGAGUGGGCUUACAAGCGCCACCAGCCGCCCGACCUCGCGGAGUGCGACCUCCCUGCGCACGACGGCGCCGAGGCCAGCGGCGAGGCGGGCGGCGCGGCAGCGCAGCAGGAGCGCGUGGCCCCGGCGCCGGCCGCGCCGCCGGCCACUGCAGCAUGCGGCCUCAUCGGGGGGAGGCCGCUCCGCCGGCCCAUGAGGCUGCCGCGCUGGAGCCCACGCAGGCGCCGACCCCCCUAUCGCCAGCCGGCGCGCCGCGAGGGCCUCGGUCAGGCCAGCCGGCACCAGGCUGACGGCCUGCUGCUGCCCCGGGGCGCUGGUCUGAGCCGCCCCAGCCAGAGGAGAAGGGGGCCGUGCCAACGCUGGUGCUUCAGAAUCGUAUCUUUGGCGCCUGUUCUUGUUGCCCCAGUCGCGCUCGGCGGAGAGGGGCCGGCCGGGAGGCGCAGGGCCGCAGGGCGGCGCCGCGCGGCGCGGCGCGGGCGCGGGGUCGCGCCCCGGAGGCGGCGCUUG